CGAUGAACUCUGAAGAGUCAUGUCAUUGUUCAAAACAGCAGCUUACGUCUUUCUGAUUUUGAAUGAAUGAUUAACUUACGUCAGUCUGUGAUGAAAAGUACAUAAAAGUAACGAUUGCUUUACUUAGUGUACUUGGAUUACAUCAAAAUUUUAUAUUGCCCUUUAUUUGAAAACCGAUCAAUCAUCUGCUUGUGUAUGCGUGUGUGUAACUGGUGGACUCAUGUUAGUUUGAUUAAAUUGCUCUUGAUACAAUUUCGUAAGUAUGUCCUGCAUUAAUGUCACACAUGUGCACUGAAUGUGAUCAGCUGAUCUUUGUAUCACACUCUUAACAACCAUUAUGAGACUGAUCGUAUUUGUGAUAAUCUGAUUGGUUGAAACACACAAUCUCUUUGUGAAAUAAAAAUAUAAAAGCAAACGAGUACGUGAUCUUCCGAAGACACAAGAUAUUCAACACCAAGGUUCAGAUAAAUAGCUCAGCUGAAUUCUAAUCUGUUUCAACUCAGAAUGACAAUUGGAAAUAUCUCCGUUAUCGUUGCAAUAUUUACAACUCUAUUGCUCAACACUUGCAAAGCUAUGAAGGAAUAUUCACUUAAAACCACCAUCACACGGCGUGAUGAUUUGGCAAAUCGAACUCUCUUCAACUUCACUGAUUCUAACACAACUGCGUUUGAAAAUUGGAUUGAGGUAUCAGAUGGAGGGAGAUCUAAGGCUACACUAGUAAAACUUAAAGGAAAGAAUUAUCAAUCAGGGAUAUUCUUCUAUCUUCUCACUCCACUAAAAAAUGGAUCAAGCUUUGCUGGAGUUCAUUGGAUAGUGCCUGAUCGUGUUUUGCCAGCAUAUGACGGUGUGAUAAUUGACCUAUAUAGACAGGGUCCACAUUCUCAUUUCAGAUUGUUCUAUGGUGAAUGUUCGGAUACAUGCAAUUGUAUAUCUAACAAAUUAGUUUUCGAGACAUCUGGAAAGCGAGAACAAGUGAAAAUACCAUUCCGUAAUUCUUCAGCAUAUCUUCAUGGAACACCACUAUCUAAUUCAAAGUGCUCAGGAUUAACUCAGAAGUCACAUAUCGGUAUAAAAGUAAAUGGGGAAAGAAAUGCGUCGGAAAACCAGUUCGGUCCAGGUUCCAUUGAAAUAUUCACUAUUUCAGCAUAUAAAGAAAGGUCAAAUGCCAGCUUAAAGAAAUCAAGCUUAUAGGAAUUUCAGACUUUUUGAUGUGUAAUACUUAUUUAUACUAUGAUUGUGUUUUGUUUGUAUUAAGUAGCUUUAUCAAUAAAUGUCACACAUCUACCUGAGAGUUUUGAAUGUUUUCAUGGGUUUCUUGAAAUUCACGGAAACAUCAAUGAAGGCGAGCGGUGAUGAAAGUCAGGUAGUUGAAU